GCUUGAAAGUUUCAAAAGCGCAAUGCGUAGAAUUUCAAUUUUGUAAAAUUUGAUCCACCAUCUUAUUUCGGCGUUUAACAUUCAUUUAUUGGACUGUUUUUGUUGUUAAGUAUAUGUUUGUUGUCGUUGUUAACGAUCAAGUUUGACUGUAUCAAGGGGUAACGUUUACAGUUUAAUUACAAGACAAAUUUAGUGUCCGGAUGGAGGUAAAUAUACUCUAAACUAUAUUGGUAAAUUGUGUUGAAAGUUGUGUAUUUAAUUAUCAUUGCGCAUAGCACGUUAUUACGUAUUAUUGUUGACUCGACAAUCGUUAUUGGCAAUAAAUUUCUGUAAAAAUGAGCGAUCAAGAAAGCUCGGACCGUAGCGGUUCAGCAUCUCGUAGUAGCGAAAACGGCGAAGGAAGCGAUUCGCGUUCCAGGAGCGGAAGUCGAUCACCCAGACGUUCCGGCAGCCGUAGCCGAUCCAGAUCUCGUAGAGGAUCCUACCGUAACAGUAAAUACCGCUCAAGAUCCAGAUCACGAUCACGUCGUUCGUACAAAAGAUCGUCACGAUACUCUAGAUCCAGAUCACGAUCUUACUCUCGUAAUCGAAGCCACUCUCGUAGUCCUGCGUACGGUCGCCGGAGAAAUAUCGGAAACGGUGAUCCUAAGCCUAAUCGUUGCCUAGGUGUAUUUGGCCUCAGCAUAUACACGACAGAGCGUCAAAUUCGCGAUAUAUUCUCUAAAUAUGGAACGUUGGAAAGCGUUCAGGUUAUUUUUGACGCGAAAACUGGCCGUUCCAGAGGUUUCUGUUUUGUUUAUUAUGAACAAGAAGAAGAUGCUAAAAUGGCCAAAGAACAAUGCACCGGAAUGGAAAUAGAUGGACGUCGUAUUCGCGUUGAUUUCUCUAUAACUCAACGAGCUCAUACACCAACUCCUGGUAUUUAUAUGGGUAAUCCUACAUAUACCAGAGAUGAUCGUAAAUGGCGUAGAAGGAAUUACUACGAUGACGAUUACAGUUACCGUGGUGGUCACAGACGUUCUCCAUCACCUUAUCGAAGUCGUUAUCGGUCCAGCAGAUAUCACGAUCGAUCUCGUUCACGAUCUUAUUCACCUCGCCGAUAUUAAUCUCUACAUUUUGUCGGAUAUUUUUUUUUCUUGACUGUGCCAGGAGUCACUAUUUUUAAAAUCGCGUUUUUUCUCUCCUCUUUUUCUAAGUUUUCAUUCUUUUUUUCAGUUGCUUAGACCUAUAUAUUUGCGUAUAUAUUUAUUAAAUUUUAGUUUUAUCUGAUUAAUUUUUCUCUUUUUAUUUUAUUUUCAUUUUGUUUUUGGAUAUUUCUCACGUAUUACUAGUUAUAUACUGUGUAUAAAUAAGUAGUUAUGGAUGCGUUUGGAAUGUUGAUUUUUAAUAUGAAAAUCUGUAAUGUUUAGGAAAUCAAGAUAGUUAAACUGAAAGGUGAGAUUUCUUCCGUAGAAAUUUCUCCAGAUUUGUUUAAAGCACUCGGAACAUUAUCUUUUUGAUAUGAGAACAUAUAAAGAAAAUUUUAUCAAGAUGCAAAAUCAAAGAGAGCAGUAACAAUGCAAGUUGAGAAGAAUUUUUGGUGCUACCUAACGCGAAGCUACAGAUAGAAAAGUUUUAUAAAGAAGUAGUCGAAGCCUUAAAAAUAACGAAGCUCGCACAAGAUUGAAUUUUUUACUCCAAGAAUGUAUUAAAAUCCCAACUUGAGAAUUAGCCAGUGAAAAAUGCAGAUUAUUCUUCGAAGAAUUGAGAAUUUUUUAUUAAGAAUACCUUCAAAACAGUUGACAAGAUUUCACAAGGUUUGAAUUCGGUGUUCGAUAUUGCAAGAAUUUCAAAAAACCAAAAAAUUUACAAAAUAUACUUAGUAAUGGGAUGAACCCUAAAGAAUAUACAAGUCAUCUGGUACAAAUGUGUAAGUCAAGUUGAAAACUUCUUGAAAAAUAUCAAUUUUCCACCCAAGGUUGAUGUUUUAGGGUAUUCAAGAUCAAAAGUUGAAAAUGAAAACAAAUAAUUCACAUCAAAAAACGAAGAAGUAUCUGCGUGCAUUUCACACUCGAAUUAAUGUAUUUCAAGUAUCGAAUUCAAACUUCAAAACAUAUCGAACAUUUUCCCAAGUCAAAAGCAAAACGAAGAUGUAGAUUACGCGCAGCCGUUUAUACGAUGAAUUUUUCCAAAUAAUAGAAAAUAUUUUCAAUCAGAAA